UGCUAUUUUGAAAUAGCUGAGGAUUACAGAGAAAAAAGAAAGUGAGAAACAUACAAAAAAGAGACAGAUAGAGGUUAUGGCCACGGUGAUUGGCAAUCUCUCACCGAUUUUGCUUCCUAUUCGACUCGGUAACUCGGGGCGUUGCCUGGUGAAGACCUAUAAGCCGAUUUUCAAACGCAAUCUCGCCGUUAACGUUCGAGCUUCUUCUACUUCUUCUACCGCUUUCGUUGAAACCAAGCCUCCUACCGGUCCUGUCUUAGUGGAAAACGAGGUCAGCAGCAGCAGCAGCAGCAAGAAGAAGCAUAUUUUAGCUUGUCCUAUAUGUUUUGACCUCUUGUCGUGGAGAAGUGAUCCGGUCGUAUCAGUAGAUUCCAUAUCUGGGUCUAGUUUACAAUGUAGCACUUGCAAGAAGACUUACUUUGGCAACGAGACCCAUCUUGAUCUGACAGCUGCAAGUGGAGCUAAGAACUAUGGCGAAUCAAUGCCAGCUUCCACAGAACUUUUCAGGACCCCAUUGGUAUCAUUUCUCUAUGAGAGGGGAUGGCGCCAAAGCUUUUCUGUAUGGGGUGGUUUUCCUGGCCCAGAGGGAGAGUUUGAGCUGACUAAGGAUUUCCUAAAGCCGGUCUUAGGUGGAAACAUUGUUGAUGCAAGUUGUGCGAGUGGGUUGUUCUCAAGACUUUUUGCCAAGAGUGGACUUUUUUCUCUUGUUGUUGCUCUCGAUUACUCAGAAAGCAUGCUGCAGCAGUGCUAUGAAUUCAUUAAGCAGGAAGACGACUUUCCAAAAGAGAGCAUAGUUUUGGUCAGGGCUGAUAUAUCUAGGCUUCCAUUUGUUUCAAGUUCUAUUGAUGCUGUGCAUGCUGGUGCUGCUUUACACUGUUGGCCUUCACCAUCAGCAGCUGUGGCUGAAAUUAGUCGAGUUUUGCGGCCUGGUGGAGUGUUUGUUGCAACUACCUACAUACUUGAUGGACCUUUUGCUUUUGUCCCAUUUUUGAGAACUGCACGCCAGAAUAUAAGGCAAAUAUCAGGGAGUAAAAUCUUCCUCUCUGAACGUGAAUUGGAAGAUCUUUGCAGGGCUGGUGGGCUAGUUGGUUUCAAAUGUGUAAGGAAUAGGGCUUUUGUGAUGAUUUCUGCUACAAAGCCCAGUUAAAGCACAUGUUGUAUUUAACAUAUAAGCUACAUUCAUAGAGGAUGCAUCGGAGGUUGCAUCUAACAAAGAAGUUCAUAUUGAAUGUAUAAAGGGAAUAGCAUCCAAUAUUGUAUGUGCUAUUUCCAAAUGUUGCAAUAUAGGGAAAGGUAAAGGCUCGUCGUAUAUGUGAAUGAAAUUCACACAUACACACAAACAUCUAGAUCCAAGUUAACAGAAUCGAUUUGGACAAUUUCUCUUUUUAUAAUAAAAUACUUUUUAAAAGGCCAUUAGGAAUU